ACCCCCAACCCACCCCAAACCCCUCCUGGCUCCCUGGCGUCGUCGUGUGCCGAGGAAUACUGUUUCUCCGGAAAAAUUAGCAGGACUUGUGGAAGCGAAGGAGUGGGGCACCUGGGCACCCACCUUCUGCCUUGAGGAAUGAGUUCUUUCAACCCAGGGAAACAGAGGACUUGGAAGCGUCCCUUUUGACCCCCGUGGUGGAUGGGGGCCACGCUCCGGACGUUAAGAUAACGGACGAGCCCCCUCACCCCUCGCUACAGUCGCCAUGGGAGAGCCCGAGGAUUCGCCGCUCCCCAGCCCGGGCGAGACCGCGGAGAUCCCGAGCGAUGAUGGCAGCCCCCAGAACGACGCCUUCCCUCUCUCCUCGCUGGCCAACCUUUUCGAGAACGAAGACGGCCCGGCCGCGCCAGACGCAGCCAAGAGCCUGCCGGGUUCGGGGGACGGCAAGCAAAACCUGCGGAUGAAGUUCCACGGGGCCUUCCGCAAGGGCGUCCCCAACCCGAUGGACCUGCUGGAGUCCACCAUCUACGAGUCCUCGGUGGUGCCGGGACCCAAGAAAGCCCCCAUGGACUCCCUCUUCGACUACGGCACCUACCGCCACCACCCGAGCGACAACAAGUGGCGGCGGAAGAAAGUCCUGGAGAAGAAACGCCCCAGCGCCAAGGGGCCUGCCCCCCAGCCACCCCGCAUCCUCAAGGUCUUCAACCGGCCCAUCCUUUUCGAGAUCGUCUCUCGGGGCUUCACGGAGGACCUGGACGGCCUCCUCCCGUUCCUGCUGACCCACAAGAAGCGGCUGACGGACGAGGAGUUUCGAGAACCCUCGACGGGCAAGACCUGCCUCCCGAAGGCACUCCUCAACCUGCACAACAGCAAGAACGAGACCAUCCCGCUGCUGCUGGAGAUCGCGGAGAAGACGGGCAACCUCCGGGAGUUCAUCAACUCUCCCUUCCGCGACGUCUACUAUCGAGGCCAGACUGCUCUGCAUAUUGCUAUUGAGCGCCGAUGUAAACACUACGUGGAGUUGCUGGUGGAAAAAGGGGCCGACGUCCACGCCCAGGCUCGUGGCCGUUUCUUCCAACCCAAGGACGAAGGGGGCUACUUCUACUUUGGGGAGCUGCCCCUCUCCCUGGCCGCCUGCACCAACCAGCCCCACAUCGUCCACUACCUGACGGAGAAUGCCCACAAGCCGGCCGACCUCCGGCGCCAGGACUCGCGGGGCAACACGGUGCUCCACGCCCUGGUGGCCAUCGCCGACAACACCCGGGAGAACACCAAGUUCGUCACCAAGAUGUACGACCUGGUGCUCAUCAAGGGUGCCAAGCUCUUCCCAGACACCAACCUGGAAGCUCUGCUCAACAACGACGGACUCUCCCCGCUCAUGAUGGCCGCCAAAACCGGAAAGAUUGGGAUCUUCCAGCACAUCAUCCGCCGGGAGAUCAAGGACGAGGACGCCCGCCAUCUCUCCCGCAAGUUCAAGGAUUGGGCCUACGGGCCGGUCUACUCUUCCCUCUACGACCUCUCCUCCCUCGACACUUGUGGGGAAGACGUCUCCGUGCUGGAGAUCCUGGUUUACAACAGCAAAAUCCAGAACCGCCACGAGAUGUUGGCCGUGGAACCCAUCAACGAACUGUUGCGUGACAAGUGGCGGAAGUUUGGCGCCGUCUCCUUCUACAUCAGCGUGGUCUCCUACCUCUGCGCCAUGAUCAUCUUUACCCUGGUCUCCUACUACCGCCCCCUGGAGGGCAUCCCUCCGUAUCCAUACAUCACCACCACCGACUACCUGCGCCUUGCCGGGGAGAUCACCACCCUUUUCACGGGGAUCCUUUUCUUUUUCACCAACCUCAAAGACCUCUUCAUGAAGAAAUGCCCGGGAGUGAAUUCCUUUUUCAUCGACGGCUCUUUUCAGUUACUCUACUUCAUUUAUUCCGUCCUGGUCCUGGUCGCGGCGGCUCUGUACCUGGCCGGCAUCGAGGCCUACCUGGCCGUAAUGGUUUUCGCCCUGGUCCUGGGGUGGAUGAACGCCCUCUACUUCACCCGAGGCCUCAAGCUGACGGGAACAUACAGCAUCAUGAUCCAGAAGAUCCUGUUCAAAGACCUUUUCCGCUUCCUGCUUGUCUAUGUGCUUUUCAUGAUCGGCUACGCGUCAGCCCUAGUGUCCUUGCUGAACCCGUGCCCCAACGCCGAAGGCUGCAACGAGGAGCGCUCCAACUGCACGGCGCCCGCCAGCUCUUCCUGCCGUGACAGCCGGACCUUCAGCACCUUCCUCCUGGACCUCUUCAAGCUGACCAUCGGCAUGGGUGACCUGGAGAUGAUUGAGAACGCCAAGUACCCCGGCGUCUUCGUCAUCCUGCUGGUCACCUACAUCAUCCUCACCUUCGUCCUCCUGCUCAACAUGUUGAUCGCCCUCAUGGGGGAGACGGUGGGCCAAGUGUCCAAGGAGAGCAAACAGAUCUGGAAGCUUCAGUGGGCCACCACCAUCCUGGACUUUGAGAGGGCUUUCCCCGUGUUCAUCCGGAAAGCCGUCCGCUCGGGGGAGAUGGUGACCGUGGGCAAGUCUCUCGACGGGACACCUGACCGCAGGUGGUGCUUCAGGGUGGAUGAGGUGAACUGGUCUCACUGGAACCAGAACCUGGGCAUUAUCAACGAAGACCCCGGGAAGAACGACACGUACCAGUACUACGGUUUCUCCCACACGGUGGGCCGGCUGCGCAGAGAUCGCUGGUCCACGGUGGUGCCACGUGUGGUGGAGCUGAACAAGAACUCGCAGCCCGAGGAGGUCGUGGUCCCCCUGGACGGUGUCGGCAUCCACGAACGCAAGCUCUCCCACCCACCGGCGUGGCGGAAGGAGGACUCCCACGUCUAACCAGUGCGGGAGCCCCCACCCCAACCCCCAAGGGCAGAAUAAUAUAGAAGCACUCUCAGGGGGGACCCACAAGCUCUGACCCCCCCCCGGGCCCACUACCUAGCCUUGAGAUGCCACGGAACGUGGCUCAGGCACGGAUAUCGCUCUCGCUUUCAUCUAGAAGACCACAAAGGCCCCUUUUGUGAUUCCCUCCAGAGCGGCUGCCGAAACCAGAAUUUCGUCUCAGUGGACUCAAAGCGGACAAGAGAGCCAUCCACCACCCCCACCACCCCAGUUUCGAUCCGUUUGAGGUCUAAAGUUCCCUUUGUAGAAACACCAAGGAUCAGAAAACAUUCUCGGAAUGCAAAAUCACGUGUCCGAUACAAAGCUGCAAAAAUGCACAGAAACCGUACAGCUCAGAAACGGAGGCCUUUAGACGGGGCAACGAGGCUCUGUUUCGUUUGGAGGUUCUCUGUGCUGGCGAGGCUACGACACUCGAUGGGUGCCUGUUUUUUAAAAAAAGUGAGAAGCGGUGGUCAGUGUGUCUGCCCAGAGAGCUCUUUGGACAGUUCGGCCGGUCCCCCAGUUUGGGGCUAAAUCUGCAGAGAGAAAAACAGGAGCACUUCAUUCCGUCCACCAAAAGGCGGUGGACGUCUCUCCUAAAAGAAUAUGUUUGUGUGUUGUCGUUUUUUAAAAAAUUUUGCACAACAUUUUAUCUAAUUAUUUAUUUAGCAAUAAAAGCCAAA